AUGCCAGACGCGGAAGGCUUGCUGUGGUUGCCUAAAUUGGAGAAGUCGAGUUGGUUGAAGAACGAUCCACGUUCGCCGGUGCAACUUGCGCAUCGUGCUCGUGUGCAGGAGGCUAUCAAGAGCGAGCCGUGGGACAAGUUGCACCACGUCACUGAGUCCGGGUUUGCGCGCUGUACCGUCGACUACCUGGAGCUGGCGCACGCGUUGUCCACACGUGUGCCGCAGCCCUGUGGCGUAGUCUGGAACACGGCCGUGGGAAAAGCAUAUCGUCCGGGGGUGACUAGGCGUCCGCAAGAAAUGUUUACUCAGGGAACGAUUGACUACGACGACGAUGUGUGGGUGAGCGGGUGUCUUCUGCAGUACAUGGAAGCUCCCCUGACGAAGUUGGCGGAUGUUUGCGUCAACCAGCUUGACUACAAGCGUCCGCCACACCCAGGUUUGCUCGGCUGCUUCCGGACACUAUACGACCCGUACACACUACCCCCCGGCGCGCCGGAGUCGUUCGCCGACGUUCUGGCCGAGCUCCAUGUCCCGAUCUCCUGGGACGAAUUUAGAGCGAGCCAGUUGCUGAGCUUCUCCGAAAGCUGCCGCUUUGUACAGGGACUUCGGGACCGGGGGCGACAGUUGCUGAGCUGCUCCGAAAGCUGCAGCUUUGUACAGGGACUUCGGGACCGGGGGCGGCUGGCCGAACUCCCAGACGAGGCCGGGGCCGGCACGUCAGCGCGGUCGCUUGCUGGCGAGACGCCUGCUGGGGAAACGCUGGUGCAUGUCCCGUUCUCCGGCUGGCUGACACCGUUUUCGCAGGUGUUUAAGGGUGAAGCGGAAGCCCACCAAGCCAUCCGGAAGUUGCUGCACGACGGUCAGUGGAAGAAGAUCCAGCAAAUGAAGCCUGCAGAUCUGAAGACUUGCAGAAUGGAUUACCUGGAACUGGGCCGGAUUAUUUCGUUGUAUAUGGACCAUCCUUUCGGCUACUUCUUUAUAGACCCGAACACCAAAGCAGUUAUGACAAGGGCCCGCUUGGCUGCCGCAGGUGGUCAGACUGCCGCAGGUGGUAAGCCGGCCAGUGAGGCACUUGGGAUCGACUAUUCCUCGAGGCAGUGCGAAGUCUGGACGACCGGCUGCAUGCUGCAGUCUGCUGCUGUUUCGACCGAUGCUCUUGUCGAGUUCUGCUCGAAACAACUUGGGUACAAACCGGCGGGCAACCCGUGCCAAUACGAGUGCUUGAGAGCUGUGGCUCUAAGUCCCCAUGUUCAUGCGGCGAGACUGGAAAAUAAGGCAACCGAACGCCUAGCCACUUUAAUCGAGAGCUCUCGGUGGAACGUAUCACUUGACGAAUUCAUUGUCAGGUCGUCAACGCCGCAGAGUGACAACACAGCAUUCGUUAGGUGGGAGCGCAGCCGGAAUGGCAUACAGAAGCCCCUCAACAAACAGAAGGGGAGUGGAUGGGCAGCCGCACGUGGCGCCAUCGGAGCGGGCAAGCGCAUUCGGGAACAGGGCCCGACAGAAAACCGUGAUGACUUUGACAUCGCUUCCGACUCGGGACCCGAUCGUAAGCGAGCAGGAGAUUCGGCCCCAGAGCCAGAAUCGAGUGGUAAGCUGCGGUUGAGCAGCAAGCUGCGGUCGAGCGGCAAACUGCGGUGGCGGGGCAGGCUACGGCCAGCGUCACGUGGCGCCGUUGCUGCAGCCCCUGAUGACGAGAGUUCGCCAGAUCCACGGGCUCGCAGAGACCAGCCGUCUUUCGAAACGUCGUCUGAAGCUGGAAGUUCGGACUGGGACUUAGAGGUGCCACUGCAGCUGUCUUUCGAAGCGUCGUCUGAAGCUGGAAGUUCGGACUGGGAAUCAGAGGCGCCGGUGAAUCUGUGUCCGUUGGAACGGCUGGCGGUCCUGGCUCCUCCGGUCGUGAACACACAGUGGCAGGGUGCAUUGGAAUCCGUGAGUGAAGAAUGGGUCGACCCGGUUUCGCCUUUCAUGGACGCGGACUACGGUCCGAGCGAAUUGGCGGAUCUAGUGCGAAAUCUUGGUCAAGACUUGGUGUCACCUCCCGCUUGCUGUGCCGAAGUGCCUGUGGGCGCAGGGGUCAGCGUCGUGACAGUACCAGCGGCGAGCUCAUUGAGUGAAAGGACUCCAACCGAGACUCAGGUUUCAGCGGGGACUCAGGCUAUAACGGGGACCGGGACUGAGAUCACUGACGACUGGUUUCCUGAUCCGGAUACGUCCAUGAUUGCGGUGGGUCAGACUACGGGUUGCGACUGGCAUUUAGAGGGCCUCACUGACGCUGAUUUGGACGUCUUGGAGGACAUCAAAGAAGCCAUAGGUGACGUGGAUUUCGAAGUGACGGCAGAAGAGUAUGAGGCUUUGGAGCCGUGCCUGAGCCAACUUGUGGAGUUAGCGGAGAUGCCCGUCAAGCAGGAGGACCCGAUAUGCAUAGAGUCUUCCGAUGAUGAUGACGUUGUAUGCACAGGCCGCCUGCUGCCGACUAUAACCGGUCCCAUGAUAACCAUCGACGUACCGGACGAUGAGUCAGACGACUCUGAUGAGAUUAUUUUCGUAGACAGCAGCAAUCCACCCGGCCAAAAGCCCAGCAUAUGA